GUUCGGGAUUCGGAGCUUCUCAAUGAUUCCCUUCGUUCAUUUUGGCGGCAGCAAGUGGAUCGUCCAGCAGAGAAGGAGACACCAGGUUACAGGAAUCCUCCACUCCCUCUCACUCACAUUACGAAAGUCAUAAAAAGCGAUCCAGACGUGAACUUGAAGGUAUGUCGCUCCAUCAUAAAA